GUCAACAAAAGCAAAACCUCUUUCUUCCUUCAUAUUUAUAUACUAGUAGUACUCACUAACUCUCUCUAGAUUCUCUCAUCUUCUCUGAUAGAGAUUCUCGACGAUGGCGUCUACGACAUGUGCAAGAGAGGUGCAUUACAGAGGAGUGAGAAAGAGACCAUGGGGUCGUUACGCUGCUGAGAUUAGAGAUCCUUGGAAGAAAACUAGGGUUUGGUUAGGCACUUUCGACACUCCCGAAGAAGCUGCUCUCGCUUACGACGGCGCCGCUCGUUUCCUCCGUGGUAUCAAAGCCAAAACUAACUUCCCUUCUCCUCUCUCUCUCGACCUUAACCACAUCCCUUCCGCUCCCUCUGUCGCAACUCCCGCACCAGAUCAUAACCAACACAAUCACCAUCAACAGCUCUGGUUCGCCGCUCCUCCUCCUCCUCCUCCUACUAUCUCCGACCACCAUCACCAGCACCACCGGAUAUUUCUACGAACUGGAGUGCUCAACGACAAAACUUCAGAUUACACCUCUAACGAAGCGCCGCUUUACUUCGCCGCCCCGCCUAAUGCCGCCACGUCACCAUCUAAUGGUCGAGUGGUAGGGUUUCCUGUAACGAGUCCUUCUCCUUCACCUGCUACGGUGAGACGUGGCCUAUCCAUUGACCUCAACGAGCCUCCGCCGCUUUGGAUGUAAAACAAAAGUAUUAAGUCUCGAUAUAGACGGCGCCGUUUCGGCGGACUUUUGUAUACGGCGCCGUUUUAGACAACUUUCGGUGGAAGUAUUUGUUUCUUUUUAGCAGAUAUCUUUUUGUUAGAGUUAUAUUUUAAGUAGUUCUUUUGUUCGUUAUGUAAGAGACGGAAGAGAUCGAUUGUUAUGAGAUCCAUGUUGCGGAAAGAUGAAAAAAACAAAAGAAAGUUAUUUAA